AUGCGCUUUAUUAUUCGCCAUCUGUCACCAUUCGUUCGAUCCCGACGGCGGUUUUCGUUUUCAAUUCUGAUUAGCAUACUAAUUUUAAUUAUAUUUAUUUUAUAUCUUAUCGAUUACAAUCAUCCAUCGGUUGAUUUAUUAUCAGAUCAAGAAUUAAUACAAACGACAAAUAAAAAUAGUUUACUGAAUGUAUUUAUUCAAAACACAACAACAGUUAUUGAAAAAAACGAAUUAUGGCCAGUUGACGAAAAAGGUCGUUCAUUAAAACAACAUUUUCUUGCACUUGAUGUAACAGGAUUUUUUCGUGCUGGUAGUGAAGAAGGUGACAAAGUUCAAUGUAUAUCCUCAAAUACAACAUUUAUAUGGACACGCCAGCAGAAUCGAAUCGAUGAAGUUGACUUUGUUAUAUCGCACGAUGCUCCUGCUAUUGACGAUUCACCUUUUAGUCAUCUGAAAUUAAAUCAAGAAAAACAACAAUACACUAUGGCUUUUAUCAUGGAAAGCGAAGUACAUUCAUCAACAGGUGACAGGUGGGCAAAAUAUAAUUUUAAAAUGUCCUACAAUCUUGAUGAUAGUUAUCCAGAACCAGCUACUUAUUUUGAUGUUAAUACACACAUUAUUGAUUUACUUAAACCACCACCAAUACCGUUUGAAGAAAAAGACAAAAACGCUGAUAUUGUUUGGAUUAUUUCAAAUUGUAAUGCGCAUAAUGCUCGACAAGAUUUUAUUCAACAACUAAUGAAAGAAAUCAAAAUCGAUUCUUAUGGAUUCUGUUUAAAUAAUCGUCAAGGUUAUGCAGCUCGUAUGACUGAUAAUAUUUAUGCAUAUAAAAAAUAUAAAUUUGUUAUUGCUAUUGAAAAUUCGAAUUGUGUUGAUUAUGUAACGGAAAAAUUAGUUAAAGCUGUUGAAUCCGGUUCGAUUCCUAUUGUUGCUGGUCGUAGUGGUCGACCUGAUUAUCGACGUUAUAUGCCUGAUCAUUCAUAUAUUAAUAUAUUUGAUUAUACGUCAAUAAAAGCUCUUGCGGACGAUCUUAAACGUAUUGGAAAUAAUAAAACAUUGUAUGAAUCUUAUUUAUGGUUUAAAAAACAUGAUAAAAAUAUAACGCAAUUAUCAACACUUUCCCUCGGUGAAAAAUUAAAAAAUUUUGCCGAUGUUAUCGGUUCCAGUGCAACGAUGAUAACAAAUGGUAUUGCGGGAAAAGAAAAAAGUGAAGAUAAAGUUUGUAAACUGAUACGCUUUGUUCGACAAACACCGUGGCAAGAAAUAGCUGCACAUAAUGGAACCGCUCGAGUUAAUUCUGAUAUUGCUUGUUUACCAGCUGGUAGUAUAAGAACUUAUUUUAAUUCGCCGUCUUCCAAUAGCAGUCUGGCAGUAUAA